UCUCUCUGACACCUACUAUUACUACAUACCUUAAUUACACACCUGGGGGGAGAGAGAAAGAGAGAGGUGGUCUGAAAAAAUGGAUUUUGAAGCCCCGGUGGAGCAUCAAGUCCGCUGAUAUAGAAUUGGUUUGGGUAGACUGUAAUUCCAGUGCAUACAAAUAGAGUUGGGCCCGUGUUUAUAUGACGCACGGCAGAUUUGAGAAUAACCGGUAAAGAUGAGGGGACACGUUGUGAAGUUCAAGCACAAAUAAAGAAAAUAAGUGGAGAGUAACCAGAUUUGUAUCUAAACUUGUGUUGAAGCCUGUGAGUUUAAUAUCUGCUGCAUAUGGAGGCUGUAUUAACCACGUUUACCGAAACCAUAACUGUUCUAAGAAUAUAUUUAGAUGUUUGACUCAUGGUGCUCAAAGACUGCACCCCGCUACAUCCGUGCUAACAAAAUCUUAGUUAUUUUUGUUUAGCUGAUGUCUCCGAGAGCGUGUUUGGAAAUUUCAAAUGCCUUGUGCUAUUUGUGGGAUUGGCCCUCCUUUCUGCCUCCUCCUUCUCCUCCUCCUCCUCCGGUGUGUUCUUCCUCUAUGGUCCUCUAGUCACCUGACCAAACGCCAUGCAAAUCACUCUGCUGUUAGAGCCCCAUUGGCCGCUUGUGGCUCAUUUAACCGCUGUCAGUGCGCAUCAUAUGGCCGCCGCUUUAACCAACUUCUUAACUCCGACAGGGAAAGUGGCUCGAAUGCGCAUUCUAUCACAGUGGAUGUGAACCAACCCAGGCGAAGACAGCGUGAAAUACUGGUUGGAGAACAUUUUAUAUCCCGUUUCGGAUUAAUUUUUGUCUCGUAUUUUAAUCAUUUGGGUUAGAAUAUCUAUUCUGUACCCCAGUCAACCUGUGCGCACCCGAUCUCGUGCGCGCCUAUCUUUGAAAUAGACUUUUUUUCUCUGUUGGUGGCGAAGUUUAAAAACCAGGUGAAUGUAUAGCAUGAUGAUGGAAACUGACCUGCAUUCCCCCGGCCCCCAAACGAACACGACCACGGGGCAAACGGGGCCGAACGGCGGGUCCAAAGCGAAUCAGGAGCGGGUGAAGAGACCGAUGAACGCGUUCAUGGUGUGGUCCCGUGGGCAGCGGAGGAAGAUGGCACAAGAGAACCCCAAAAUGCACAACUCUGAGAUCAGCAAACGGCUGGGCGCCGAGUGGAAGGUGAUGUCCGAGGCGGAGAAGCGCCCUUUCAUCGACGAGGCGAAACGGUUGCGAGCCAUGCACAUGAAGGAACAUCCGGAUUACAAGUACCGGCCAAGAAGGAAGACCAAGACGCUGCUGAAAAAGGACAAAUAUUCCCUUGCCGGUGGACUGCUUUCUGGGCCCAGUGGGGGCUGUGGAGUUGGUUUAGGAGUCGGAAUGAGUUCAUCCGGGGUCGGGCAGAGGUUAGAGAGCCCCGGGGGUCACGGAGGCUCCGCCAGCUCCGGCUACGCGCACAUGAACGGCUGGGCGAACGGUGCGUACUCGGGGCAGGUGGCUGCUGCCGCGGCGGCCGCGGCGAUGAUGCAGGAGGCGCAGCUCGCCUACAGCCAGCACCCGGGGAGCGGAGCGCACCACCACCACCACUCACACCACCAUCACUCACACAACCCCCAGCCCAUGCACCGCUACGACAUGACAGCGCUGCAGUACAGCCCCAUCUCGAACUCUCAGAGCUACAUGAACGCUUCUCCAUCCGGCUACGGCGGGAUCACCUACACACAGCACCAGGGCUCCGGCGUCUCCUCCUCAGCCGCCAUGGGGACGUUAGGGUCGCUGGUGAAGUCGGAGCCGAGUAUUUCUCCGUUGUUGGAAUAACAUCUGCACUGGGACUUUUUGACAAGAGCAAACUGUCCAUCAUGGCUAUCACCAGUGGACAUGGAUCACUGAGGGGCCUGUGAUUAACAGAUAGCACCUCGUCUCCUCUGCUGUCAGGCCAUCAUUAUGACGAGCACUAGAACAUAGGUGCUGUGGGCGAAAAAAGACCUUUAGGAAAAUGUCAGCGACAGUCAGAGCCCCAAAUUUCCUCCAUUCACUCUUUCCCAUGUGAUGCUACCUCCUCUAAACCCCUUAAUUACACAACCCUUUUCUCCUAUUGACCAAUGUUUUGUAUCUAAGUACAGUGUCUGGUUUCGGAGUAUGUGGAGAUUUUAUUUGAUCAUUUUAUCUUAUGUGGCUUACCUAAAGGUCGACCAUGAAAAUCGACAGUAAAAAAUAAAAAUAAACAACCCCAGCCCUAUAUUUCCCCCAUCUCAGCAAAAACAAUAAACAGCUCUCGUUUCAAAAUUCCCUUUUACUGGAGCCAGCUUCACUGUCUUAAUACUCUUAGUCCCUCAGUUGGCAUGUUUUCCAAGAACCCGCUGCAUUUUCAGAUUUGUAAAAUCCGUCAAAAUGCCUGAAAUGAAUAUUUCUACAGCCUUCAGUGUAUUUAAUGUGCCGUGUGACCAGCCCAAUGAGAAACGUGUACUGAUCUGGCACUAGGGACCAGAGCAUCAGUAGAGUGGAGCCUCAGUCAGUGUGGAAACAGUGUGAAACAGGUCGUUUUCAUUUUAAUUCAAACCUCUUUUAUCUAAAGAAGCAGAAAGAAAGUAAACAUUUAUUAUUCACAUAUCAUCUUAGGUGUCAAUUGACAUCUUUCCAGUGCAUGAAGUGACAUGUCAUGAAUAUUUCUAUUUUACAUUUUCAAAAAAAGCCCACUAUUUGUACAGUUUUCUUCACGGAUUAACUGUCCUCUUGUGAGACACAUCUUUUACUAUACACGUUCAUUGUACCGUCUGUUUUACUGUUGUGUUAGCUUUAGCUGGAAAAAAAGGGAUUACAUAUUAAAUAAAAUCUUGCAUCUUAUUUCUGCCUAAGAAUAAA